AGCCUACAAGCUUAGCCACAGACCAGUAAGAUCGAUCAGUAGCAAUGGCGCCCUCCAAGCUCGCCCUCUUCCUCGCCCUGAACCUCGUCCUCCUUGGCGCCGCGCAUGGCUGCAAGCCCUACUGCCCACCGGUCGUCCCUACCCCGCCGAUUCUCCCACCGCCCGUGCCGUCGACCGGUGGGGGCAGCUUAUCAAUCAACAAGCUGAAGUUGGGCGAGUGCGCCAACAUGCUGAACCUGCUGAAGCUCAAGAUCGGCGUGCCGGCGAACGAGGAGUGCUGCCCGCUCCUGGGCGGGCUCGCCGACCUCGACGCCGUCGUGUGCCUCUGCACCGCCAUCAAGGCCAACAUCCUUGGCAUCAAGCUCAACGUCCCCAUCGACCUCGUCCUCCUCCUCAACCAGUGCGUCAAGAAGUGCCCCUCCGACUUCACAUGCCACAUCUGA